CCCUCUUCCAAACCAUGUGACCAAACGACCUUUGCACCGGUAGUGGUCUUCAAAACGCUAGCAUUAGCAGUUCACUUGUAUUUUUUUUACAGAGAUCGCCUUUUCCUCUGACAUCAAGUACAAUAUCGACGUGCAUAGUAGGAAAAAAUACUGCUCUGCCAAGAGAUGCCCCUCUAGAGAACUCCUUUGAUCUAACACUACCGAGGCAGGAAUCACCGCUUUACAGCAUAUUCAUCAUAACAUCAAUAUCAUCAUCUGACUGGAGAGACACACCACUUAAUUUGAUUAAUCCACAUUCAACUCCCAAAGACCAGGUGGCUCUGAAGGAGGAAUCCGAGACGAAGGCAGCAGGAGGAUCCACCCAGCACCAGCGGACCAACCAUGACCUCCAACACUGACAAUCGUCAAGACGGCCCAGGUCCAGUCCUCUCCAGGAUAUCAGCGAGCACCUCUGAGGAGGAUGUUCUCUGUCCUACUCCACCUCUCCCCCCAGGACCUGAUUCUCAGUACGAGAGAAUCGGAGGCCAAACAGGGACUUCGUUUUUACAGACCCUGAUCCACCUCCUGAAGGGGAACAUUGGUACGGGGCUGCUAGGUCUACCUCUGGCUGUCAGGAACGCAGGCCUUGUGUUAGGACCUCUGAGUCUGUUUGCCAUGGGGAUAAUAGCAGUCCACUGUAUGAACCUGCUUGUAAUCUGUUCCCACCACCUCAGUGUAAAGUUGAACAAGCCCUUUCUGGACUAUGGCGACGCUGUGCAGUAUGGUAUGGAGAAUGUCUCGUGGCUGAGAAGGCACUCAAUAUGGGGGAGGCGGAUAGUGAACGUGUUUCUGAUCAUCACCCAGCUGGGUUUCUGCUGUGUCUACUUCGUCUUCCUCAGUGACAACAUCAAACAGGUGGUGGAAGCUUCUAACGGGACAACCAUGAACUGCCACAACAACCAGACGGCUGUGACCGUCCCCAGCUUUGACUCCCGUCUCUACAUGUUGUGGUUCCUGCCAGCUGUUAUACUCUUGGUGUUCACCCGCAACCUGAAGUACCUGGCCCCCCUCUCUCUGGUAGCCAACCUGGCUAUGUGUACUAGCCUGGUCCUCAUCUACUUCUUCUGCUUCACGAACAUACCAAAUCGUAUCAGCCUGCCGAAGGUGGGUCAUGCCAAAGACUAUCCUCUCUUCUUUGGAACGGCCAUCUUUGCUUUCGAGGGGAUAGGAGUGGUUCUGCCCCUGGAGAACAAGAUGCAGAAGCCUCAGAGUUUCAAUAUGGUUCUAUAUCUGGGAAUGGGCAUCGUCACCUUCCUCUAUAUCAGCUUGGGGACCAUAGGGUACAUCACCUUUGGAGAGGCCAUAGGGGGAAGUAUCACCCUCAACUUACCCAACUGCUGGAUGUAUCAGAUUGUAAAGCUGCUCUACUGUUUCGGUAUCUACAUCACCUUUGCCCUUCAGUUCUACGUGCCAGCUGAGAUCCUGAUUCCUCCGAUGGUGUCCCGUGUCUCAGAGAGAUGGAAACUGCCAGUAGAUCUUCUGAUCCGCACUGCGCUCGUCGUUUUUACCUGUGUCCUGGCCAUAUUGAUCCCCCAGCUGGACCUGGUCAUCUCUUUAGUGGGGUCCAUCAGCAGCAGUUUCCUGGCUCUCAUCUUCCCUCCACUCCUCCAGAUCCUCACCUACCACAACGAAGGUCUGUCUCCCUGGGUCAUCGUCAAGAACACCCUGAUCUCUGUCAUCGGCUUCAUCGGCUUCAUCACCGGCACCUAUAUAUCCAUCACAGAGAUCAUCAAACGCAACGGCAGACAUGACAAUCUGGAUGUGACCUUCUUCCAGGUCCAGUGAGAGAUUUAGUGAGGAAGAGGAGGAUAUCUUGACUGUGGUUGGUCUGGCAAACAGUGGAGGCUGGUAGGUGGAGAAAUCUGAGGACAGGUUCAUUCUAGAAUGGAUGGUGCCUUCCUCCGAUUUAAGGUGACACCAGCCUCCACUGCUGUCAAACAAUCAAACCCAGAAGUCCUCACCCUGGCAUCAGCCAUGUUUUGUUUUUCUCACUUGCUCCAUUGUCCAUUGAUUACACAUUUAUUGAUAUUGUGAGUCUGCUUACUGUUGUGGUUAUUGGUCGCUGUGGAACAAUUAUUUAAUGGAAUAUAAGUGUUAAAUCAACUAUUUUCUACAGUAGCUGUAUAGCCAAGUAGAGAAUGUGACACGAGCGUCAUUCUCUCUGUGCCUCAUGAGCUUCGAUGUUUUUAACUUCCUAAUUUUAUUACAUACUUUUAUAUUUUAAACUUUUCUAUGACGCAAGCGCACCUUCUAUCUUACAUGUUUUAUUAUUUUUUAUCGUGAAUAAUUUAACCAAAUCAUUGAGCAAUCGCAUUCUCGUAACAUUUUAUUAUUAUUGUUAAAAUAUCCUGGGAGUGGUUAAAGUUGUUUUAAGUGAUCAAAUUAAGGCAAUAAGGUACUUAUGUGCCUUAUUGCUAUUAUAAACUGGUUACCAAUGUAAUUAGAGCAGUAAAAAUACGUGUUUUGUCAUAGCCGUGGUAUACGGUCUGAUAUACCACGGCUUUCAACCAAUCAGCAUUCGGGGGUCGAACCACCCGAGUCAAUAAUAGCAUUUAAAUAACAGUUAAGUGCCAUUUUGAAUGAUAUCUUCAUUCUACAGACCUUACAAAGAGGAAGAUGUAUGUUUUCAACCACAGCGUGACUAGACUAUUUCCAAUAGAAUGGUAAAUGACUGACCGUGUUUAAGACUAUCAGAACACAACAACCUGUAGUCUGUUGAUCGUCAUUACUGCUGUACAUGUAGCUAUGACAAUGACCGAUGAAUACCGUUUACUGAUUGACUACAUUUAGAGACAAGAUGUAAUAGUUGAGAGUUCACUUUUUUGUUGUUUUUAAAAGGCAAAGCUUCAUUUACAUUUAAGGCAAGCUGACGAGAUCACCUACUGUAAUACUGAUGAAGUUGAGGGACUGUAAAGAGAAAAUACAAAACAAUGUGUGUUAUUGUAGAGAUAAUACCAUUUUGUUAUUUCUCAGUUGAUGUUAUUUAUGUUGCCAUUUUAAUUUCUUACAUUUGUCUCAGGUUGGGCACUGAAUUUAUUCAUGUUACUAAUCAUCCAGUUUUCACAACGGCUAUUUCAUUUGUUUUAUCACGUGUCUCGCUUGUACCAACGGUUUGAGUUUUUAGACUGAGGUGGGCCCAGAUUAGACUGGGUUGGACUGAGGUGGGCCCAGAUUAGACUGGGUUGGACUGAGGUGGGCCCAGAUUAGACUGGGUUGGACUGAGGUGGGCCCAGAUUAGACUGGGUUGGACUGAGGUGGGCCCAGAUUAGACUGGGUUGGACUGAGGUGGGCCCAGAUUAGACUGGGUUGGACUGAGGUGGGCCCAGAUUAGACUGGGUUGGACUGAGGUGGGCCCAGAUUAGACUGGGUUGGAUAUCAUGGUGAUGUCACAUGGCAUUGGGAGAAUUUAACUGAUAGUUGGUCUCUUCGACUAGCCUUCAAUAAUGGCAGGUUUGAACUAUUGUUGAGUUUGCACUUUAUUGUUGCUGAAAUAUAGUAUUCUGAAUUUCCCGUGAGAGAAUACUGCUGAACAUUUUAUAAGGGGUCUUUUUUUCGUGAUCUUCAACAUGUAAAAAGAAAAUGUUUUUAUUUCAUUACAGUCUAAAUGGGGAAAAAGUUCACAAUUCUGGAAAUUAUACUAGCUUUGAAUAAUGGCAGGUUUGAACUAUUGUUGAGUUUGCACUUUAUUUUAAAUCAAAUAUAGUAUUCAUGAACAUGUCAUUUUUAUUUUAUAAUUUUUUUAAUUUUAUUUCAUUACAACCUAAAUGGAAAUUAUAUGUAAGCAUUUUUGUUGCUUGUUGUGGUGUUGAUGGGAAUUCUGAUGUUUACAUCCCCUUAAAUUGCAGCCUAUUCCCUUCAUAGUGCACUACUGUUGAGCAGAGUCCUAUUGGCCCUUGUCAAAUGUAGUGCACUAUAAUAGGGAAUUGGGUGGCAUUUGGGAUGUAGGCAGUCUCGUACACUAGUCUGAUGUCUCUGUGGACAUUAGCUACGAGGGGAUGACUUGGCGGUUACCCGUCAUGGAACUUAAAGAUCCUCUCCGGUACUUUUGCGUACUCGUUAGCCAGUAGUUCUGGACAAAAGUAGGCCCCCCGAAAGUGGUGUACUACGGCGUAUGUCCCACCACAUCAUUGCUCUCGCUCCCUCACUCUACUGUGUGUGUCUUGAUAGUUGACACUCAAAUGGCGAGGUGCUGAAGCUCUUAAUUGCUACGGGGGCUGGCCCACGUGGGGGGCAGAUGUAGGGAAAAGGGCGCUGCAUAGCUUCCAGAAAACAGCCACUUUCAAGCUAGGGAUUUUAUUUAGAAUGGAGAUAAAACAGUAAUUCUGCUCAUAGAUGAUGCCUGUAUGAACUACACAUUGACACAUCCAGCCCAAAGCGGGAGUACUAUUUGCCAAAGUACCGGAGCAUGUCAGUAGUUGGGGCGGCAGGUAGCCUAAUGUUUAGAGCGUUGGGCCAGUAACAGAAAGGUUGCUGAAUUGAAUCCCAGAGCUGACAAGGUAAGUCUGUCAUUCUGCCCCUGGACAAGCAGUUAACCCACUGUUCCUAGGCUGUCAUUGUAAAUAAGAAUUUGUUCUUAACUGACUUGCCUAGUUAAAUAAAGGUACAUGUUUAUUAUAAAAAAAAUGUAACGUCUUAUAAUGGAAAUAAAUAUUUGCAUAUCAUGAAUACCUCAACUAUCAUCACAGCUUGUCUUGGGGCUUUUACAGAUGUAUGUUAAGCCAGAGUAAUAUUGUACAUUUUUUGAGUCACUGAAUGUACUGUAAUUUCAGCAAAAAUAAAAACGAGUGGGUAUAUAAUAAAA